AUGAUAGCAUUAGGUUGUCAUUCUAUUAAUUUAGGUUAAAAACUGUUGCAACAAUAAAAAAGGAAUCAAGCACUUUAUUGGUUUGAUGCAGCAAUAAGUCUAGAUCCCAAUAUGGUUGAUUCACUAUGUGGAAAAGGGGAUGCUUUGUAGCAAUUCGAUAAAUAUUAGAAAGCCAUAUAAUGGUAUGAUCGAGCAUUGGGUAUAGCCCCUAAUCACGUAUCCAGUUUAGUAGGGAAAGGUAAUUUAUUCUUUUAAUCAAAAAUGUAUAGCCAAAGCACUUUAUCAAUUAGAGUUAGAUUUUAAUAAAUUAGCUAAACGUAUUACUAUCUUUAAGUUUAUCUAGCCAAAGUGUUGAGUAAAUAGAAAACAGAAUCUAGUCUCUUUGAAAGAGGUAAACAACUCCUUAUUUCAUAAUUAGAUUCAUUAGAAAAGCUAAAAUUGGAAUAGCGUUUCAAAGAAAAGGAAGAUUAAACCAAAGAGAAGUUAGACAUUCGUCUUAAAGAGAAAGAGAAGACAACUUUUAAUAAAUAGUUGGAGGCUAAAUUAAGUGAUAAAGCCAAAGCAUUACAUUAAUAUAAGAUUGAAGCCUUAUUAUAAGGGAAACCUAAACCUAAACAUUAAAUUGAACUAGAAUAAGAAAUUGAACUAGAAUUAGAAUCAUAAAAGUACUUUGAUUAAGCUUUAUCGACUAAACCUAAUUAGGUACAAGCACUUACAGGGAAAGGUGAUAAUCUUCAUUAAGAUUUAGGUCUCUGUGUAAAUGCUUUUUAAAAAUAAAUUGAUGCUGAAGUUAUUAUAAAUAAAGCUUUAUCGUUGCCAACUAUUUUGGGUCAUAAUGAAAAAUAAUCCGAUAUUUAUGCAGCAAAAGGCACUAUCUAGAUAUAUUCUAGGCGAUAUUUUAUUAAAUCAAUAAAAAUAUGCAGAAGCCAACAGUUUUUACGAUAAGGCCUUAGAAUUGGAUCCGAAUCAUCUAUAAAGCUUAUUUGGAAAAGAUUGAUUGAAAACUAUGAAGAUGCUAUUGAAUGGUAUGAUAAAGCCAUUAAAAUAAAACCGAAUCAUGUAUGUUCCAUAUGGGGCAAAGGUGAGUCAUUGAGAAUGUAGGACAAAUUCAGAAAGGCCAUUAUUUAUUUUGAUAGGGCUCUAAAAUACCACCCAAAACAUUUCUUAUCUCUUUAUGGAAAAGGUAUCUUAUCAUGUAGAUUUGAAGGAGAAGCACUCAGAAUGCUAAAAUUUAAUUAUGACGCUUCAGUUGAAUAUAAAUAGGCUCUGGAAUUAUAACCAAAUCACAUAAAAGGAUUGUUUGGAUAUGGAGAAGUGUUAAAAUUAAUGAGGAAAUAUCCAUAAUCCUUGGUAUGCUAUAAGAAAAUUCUGGAAAUUGAUCAAGGUAAUAUGGAGGCUGUUUAGUUGAAAUAUGAAGUUGAGCAUUGCAUAUCUUAAUUGUAAUAAAAGGAAUCAAUUAAUACAUUGAGAAAGUAGGAUCUUUAAAGCAAUAGUAAAUUUUUUGAUGGAAUUUAAACCAAUACUGUAAAUUUUAGAAAAAAACUAUGA